UUUCCACCUCUCUAGUUUCAGCCUGCUUUACAUCGACAGGAAAAUACUGACUUUUCAUCGACCGAAAAACGCUUUUUAACGAGCUGGACAUAAACCGCACAGCGGCUCUUCCAUCCGGAUUCCGGCUCACCGUUUGUUCUUUUAUUAUGAAACCCAAGUAGGAGAACUAGCUGAGGCUAACGUUAGUGUUAGUUGGCUCCCUCUGUGGCUAGCUGCGUCGUGUUGGUGUUGCCUGGCGUUUUUUCUCUUUUUUUCUUACUUCUGACUUGCAGAAAUGUUUCCCAUCUGUCUUUAAAUCCCCGACGUGUGCUGAAUGAUCGACUUGGUCCUCAUGAUGCAGUCAGUGGAUUUAAUGAUGACAAGAAAACUUCAGUUCGCCUGGGUGGACCCUGGCUAAACCCGAUGCCGUUGACAGGAACACCAUCUCCAGCGGGCCAUCUCAGCACAGCAGGUAUAUGGCGAGAAGCGGGACAACAUGGUCAUCCCAGUCCCCGAGGCAGAGAGCAACAUCACCUACUACGACUCCCUCUACCCUGGGGACUACAAGAUGCCAAAGCAGCUAAUUCACAUACAGCCUUUCAGCUUGGACACAGAGCAGCCUGACUACGACCUGGACUCGGAUGACGAGGCCUUCGUCAACAAGCUGAAAAAGAAGAUGGAGAUCAGCUUCCUGCAGUUUGAGGAGAUGAUUGAUCGGCUGGAGAAAGGCAGUGGACAGCAGCUGGUCAGUCUUCCUGAGGCCAAGCUGCUGCUGAAGGAGGACGAUGAGCUUAUCAAGGAGGUCUUCGACUACUGGAGCCGGAAGAGGAAAAACAGCAAGGCUAACUCGCUCAUCCCCACUGUCAAGCAGGAGAAGCGGGACGGCUCCAGCACCAGUGACCCCUACGUGGCUUUCCGACGGCGCACAGAGAAGAUGCAAACCAGGAAGAAUCGUAAGAACGAUGAGGCUUCUUAUGAGAAGAUGUUGAAGCUGCGCAGGGAUCUCAGCCGAGCCGUCACCAUCCUGGAAAUGAUCAAGAGGAGGGAGAAGAGCAAGAGAGAGCUGCUGCACCUCACACUGGAGAUCUUUGAGAAGAGAAAUGUCAUGUCAGACUUUGGUGGCGAGGUGAUGGCAGAGGUUCUGGCUGAACGUGCGCUGGUGAGGCCACAGAUCAUUCCUCUGGUCCCCCUCACCACCCAGUACCGGCACCAGGACCACAUGGACCUCAAGGACUACAAGUCCAAGCCCGAAAAGAUGGAAGUGCCCAGGCAGAAGAGGAAAUAUGAGAAGAAGCCGAAGGUGCUGCCUCUGUCGUCGGGCACCCCCCACCAUCCGGGUCCUGUUGUCUUCAAUGCCAAGGACCUCAACCAGUACGACUUCCCCAGCUCGGAUGACGAGCCCUUCUCCCAGCUACACUCAGGCUCAUCAGAAGCAGAGGAGGAGAACGAUCCAGAUGGUGCCUACGCCUUUCGCAGGAAGGCAGGCUGCCAGUACUAUGCUGCUCGUCAGGACCGUGUGGGUAGCUGGCCGUGGUGUGGUCCCUGGGAAGGCGGUUUGGCAGAAGCUCGCUUUCGCUACAGUCUCACGACGCUCACGGUGCCGCGGCGCUGUCUGGGCAUGGCCCGACGACGUGUGGGACGAGGCGGCAGGGUGUUGCUGGACAGGGCAUACACAGACUAUGACAACGUUUUCCACGGACUGGAUCCAGAGAUGCUCGACCUGCCUCUUCCACCCUCUCCCCCUCCUACAGCUACUUCACGCUCGCCGGCCAUCGACAAGUUUGCCAGUACCUCAGAAACAAAUACCUCGGACAGAAGUUCCUCCUCCUUCAACUCCUCUCUUUCCUCUUCCUCUCCCUCUUCCACGGACCUCAGUCAGAUACUGUUGAAUAUAAAGUCGUGCCGAUGGAGGCACUUUAGACCACGGACACUACCACUACAUGAGCUGGAUAACGCCCACCCGCUAUUCAGGAGGUUGAGUCGAGGCCUGAAGCGCCCAGUCUCUGCCUCCACAGCUGGGGGACAGCCUUAUGGCUCUCAGCGCCCAGGGAGGGUUGUCCCUGCACCCUCACCCGUUGCUGUUUUAACAGCCGAACAGUACCAGCAGCAUCAGGAGCAGCUGGCCCUGAUGCAGAAACAGCAGCUGGAGCAGAUCCAGCUGCAACAGCAAGCCAACAGCACCGCCACUGCCAACAGCACACUGGGCCCGGUGAACACGUUGGACCAGGCCAGCGCUCAGUUCGCUGCCUCGGCCCUCGUCACCGCCGACCAACUGCUGGCUCUGAAAACCAAGGAGGAGCUAGCCCUGGGAGGCGGAGUCAAUGGCGUCCUCUCCCCCUCAGGUGUCUAUAAGGGCUUGCACCUCUCGAGCACAGCGUCCCCAUCCCCUGCCGCCCCGGCUCCUCCCACCGCUACCCCAACACCCACCUUGCUCCACCCCUGCUCCACCACCAGCUCCACCUCUGCUACCAGUAACAACAACGGCACCGCCCACCCUGCCAACACCACUACCACUAACACCGCCACCACUCAGGUCCUGCUGGGAAACAACAACAGCCUCCGUCUGGGUGUUCCCACCGGUAAGCGUGUCCACGCCCCGCGGACACUGAGCACCACCAUGUCAACAUCCGCCUUAAAGUUUGCCCACACAACCGCCAACUGUCAGAAACCCAAGGUCACUGCAGCCUCGGCCUCGCCGCUGGACAUAGUGCCCAGGGAGAAUCAUGAACAAGACAAGCCAGCACUGAACAGUCUAUCAGAGAACACAGUGGCCAUGGAGGUUACGUAGCCUCCCGUGCGCAGCGCGGGGGAAGCCCGACUCCUUUGUUGUUGGUUUUUUAGGUGCUAUGCAUCAUUUGUUAGUCAUGAAUGCAAGUGGUGGCAGAAUGAGCGCGGCAGGGCUGGGUUUCCAUGGCAACUGUUUUGGGACUUAAUUGCAAUGCUCGUCUCGUACAAUUUUUUUCUCCCCCCCCCCCCCCCCCCCCCCAUUUCCCUAUUUGUUACUGUUAAUAAGAGAUCGUCUGUAAAUUCCUAAUAUGGCAAUUAUAUGUACAGUACUGCAUAUUUGUAAUACCCCCUUCCCCGCCCCCUGUUCUUGUAUAUAACAUUACUUGAAUACAGAAUUGUUCAUUUGUGAUGUUUUGCACUCGAGAUAUUAAGAAAAAAAAAAAUCAAAAUUAAAAAAGAGAAAACGACAAACUGCAACUGGUGCGAGUAUGAGGUGUGAAAGUUGUACCACAGAAAAAUGUAUGUCAUCACAUGCAUGGUGCGGAACCUGCUGUUUGAUCUAUUUAUUGUGCCGUGUUUACAAAAGGUUUUUCUUUUUCCGUUCAUGUUUAUUUUGGGGUUUUUUGUUUGUUUUUUUUUUUGUUUUUUUAAACCUUUUUUUUUUUUAUACACUGUACCCCUCACCGGUUCCCCGUGCUGUAGUCAGUGUUUAGCUAGAUUUAAACAACUCUGUAUUUUUUUGGAUGUUGUGAACAUGGCCAGGAGUUCGCCCGUUUCUGUUGGGCGAUCUUCUACGACGUUCCCAUGUGUCAUGUUGAAUCCAUGGAGACAUGCUUUCAUACAGAUUCAGGCGCAGGGCAGGAGGAGGAGGAGAGGACAGGUGUGAAUUUGUUUGUUGUAGGCAUCAGUUUGUCAGUGGGUUAAUCAGUUUCCACAAAGCUCUUCCAUACAUAUAUUAUUCCUGAGACAAGUAACAAAACAAUGGGGAUGAAGACUCUUUCCCAGAAGACUUUGCUGCUUCUGACCUAUCUAAGCACUAUAUAAUUUGUUUUUUUUUUAAAUUGAUUGAUGCUGCUUUUGUAUGAUUUCGGUCUCUGGUUUGCACCAGGUGGCCUCAUUUCCUUUUUGUUUUCUCUAAAAGAUAAUCCCCCCCCCCACACACCUCCCCUUAUCAUUUUUUAAAAUAAAUAUUUUUGUAUCUCCCACUUUUUUUAUUUUAAUUAUUUCCUCACAAAAGACUUCAUUCUUUUGUUACUUGUUUAUCUAAAAAAAAAAAAAAAAAAUUUAAGGGAGUAAAAAAAAAAAAUGCAGUAACUGACAUUUAUUAUCAUUCCAGCUUCUACAUAAUAAGAAAGAAAACAUGUAUUCAUUGAAAAAAAUAAAAAUAAAGAUUGUUUUCUCUACUUUUAAAACUCUCCAGAAGGCUGAAAGGCCAUGAACCACAAGUUAUCGGGUGCCUUCAUUUGGGAAAAAAAGAAAAAACCUAAAAAAAAAAAAAAUCGCUCUCUUCUGUGAAGAGUUUGGUACUGAACAAGGCUACUUGUAGUUUUUCUU